GCCACAUCCCCAGCCCUGAGCUGCUGGCUUUGAACUCAGGAUCCUCCUGCCUCAGCCUCCUGAGCCGCUGGGAUUACAUCAUGUGCCCUGCCAGCUUCUGUUGGUGUGUCUCUGACACUCCUCCUCUCCCCUCCUUCCUGACACAUCCUGCCCCGUUCCCAUCUCUCUCUUGCUCAUUUGACAGCGGAGGAGUAGCCACACGGAGGAACCUGGUGACUUCCAGACGGAGCCACAGGGCGCUCUCCCAGCUACGGCACUGAACAGCGCGGUGCCUGGUCACAAAUGGCAACUCCUAUGGGGAUGGGUUUCUGGAAAGAGCACUGCCAGGCCAGGGUCCCACGUCUGUGACUGCCAGGUGUGGCCUUUCAGAGGCAUGAGGAGGCUGGGUCCUGGGACUUGGCAUAACCGUGGGUUCUAUCCACCCAGGCUGAGCUCUUCUGGGUCGUCCCAUGUGCCCUGGCCUGGGAGAAGUCCUACAGUCCCUGGUGGGACCCCAUGGUCCUGGCUCCCCAGCAGCCGUGACCCUGUGUGCAGCUCAGCUGCCUUUGGCAUUGAGAACAGCCACUGUCACGGGAGCUCCUCUGGUCCCCACCAGCCAGCCUUCUUUUAUUUUCUUACAUUUCAUUGACUGAUUGAUUGAUUGAUUGAUUUUUGGUAGGACUAUGGAACCGAGGAGUGUUCGACCACUGAGCCACAUCCCCAUCCCUUUUUAUGUUUUAUUAUGAGACGGGGUCUCACUAAGUUGCUUAAGGCCUUGCUAACUUUCUGAGGCUGGUCUUGAACCUGAGACCCUCCUGCCUCAGCCUCCCAAGUGGCUGCAAUUGCAGCCUGCCCCACCACACCCAGCUCCCCUCUGCUCUCGUUGGAAGAUGACCGUCCACUGGGCACAUCCAGGUGGUGCAGCCUGUUUCUCCAGGGCCCUGCGGCGUUGCUCUGAUUUUGCCUGUUUUACAGCAGAGGAGGAGAGGGCUGGAGGUGCAGACAAGUGUCACCCAAGUCCCCAGAGCUGGACAGCACAAGAGUCAGGUGGCCUGGUGAGGUGGACCCCCACAUGCACACAUGUGCCCAUGCCUAAAGAAGUCUCUAAACCAGAGGACAGGGACGUCCUGGUCACGGGUCCCUCGGAGAAGAGCUAGGUGUGGCAGGACUCCCGCCCCUGGCUCCCGGUCAGCCCCUGGCCUCAGGAGUCCUCCCAGCCUGGGAGGCAGUGGAGACUGAGCCUGUGAGUGGCCCCCGCCCUUCCACAGGAAGCUGGGACCAGGCAGUCUCUGGCCUCAUGCAGACAUCACAAUAGUGGUCAGUCACCCAGCCGGCAGCCGGGAGGCCGUUGCUUCUCUCCUGCUUGUCUCUGGCCACCAGGCCCCACCAUGAGGACUGCUCAGGAUGAGGACCAGGAGAAUGAGGACACGGAACCCCAGGUCACCAGGACACCACUGCUGAAACAGAGGAACAAGGAGGAGCCAAAAUGGAGCCAACCUCAGGGGCCACCGCCACCAUACAACCCUCCUGCAGGAGGCUCCCGCCCUCAGCAGCCCACAGGCAUGUACACCAACCUGCCCAGGAUCUCCACCUCCUUGCCAAUGCGCACCGUAUGUCCCUACUGUGGCCACCUAGUCGUCACAGAGACCACCCCUGUCCCAGGAAUCCUCACCUGGCUGCUGUGCUUAGGCCUCUGUUUCUGUGGGUGCUGCCUGGGCUGCUGCCUCGUGCCCUUCUGGAUUCGAAGCUUGAAGGACGUGAACCACUCUUGCCCUGUGUGCAAGCACCAUCUCUACCACUACAGACGCGUGUGACCCCUGCCCUGGAAAUAAACCUGCUGACGCUCUUG